AUGCGACUCAUUCCCUAGAAUAAUAAUUAGAACCAAAGUCAUCAAAACCAUUUUCAACAAAACUAAGAUCAAUCUAUUGAGAGCAAUGACAGAUACUCACUUUACGAUUACCAGACCUUUAACCAAAAUGUGAAUCAGUCUACAUUUUAACUGCCUAAUGACUCAUCUAAUAUCAGAAACUAUCAAUCACAUCUGAAAAAUUAUCAGCAGAGACCAUCAAGUGUGUUCGGAGAUGCAAACGUGUACAAUCAAAAUCAAAACAUUCUUAAUAACAGCAAAGAGCUAUGUAAUAUGACUCUGGAUUAGUCUUUGCAACAAGAUGGAGAACCAGUAAGACGUAGAGAACCCAACGUUAUGCAUGAAAAUGUUAAAGUACUCAAGACUUAACCAUCUCCUGUGAGAUCAAAUACAGAGACGCCAAAGCAUCAGCUAAGUACAUUAAAUAAAUCCCCAAAUGUAUCUGCUAAAAAGUUUGAUAUUGCUCAGGCAUCAGCAUAAAAUCUAAGAGGUUAAAAUAAUUUUACCAAUAAUAGUAACAGCAUUCUUAACAACCUAUCUUACAGAAAUCUGAUUUAAUAAUCCUCAAAUAAAGCGUAAACAGCUCCAUUCGAUUAUAGAGCUUAGAUGUUCAGAGAGCAAGAACAUUCCCAGUUAUAAAAUUAAAUGCACACUUCUAUUAGAUAAGAUGUCAUGAUGACAUCUGGUCAGUCAUCUAUAAAAAGGGAGCUUGAAUCAAGUGAUGCUAGUUCCUAAAGUAGUUAACAGAUAUUAAGAGCUUACAGAGGAUAAAACAGCAGUAGCAGCGGCUAGAAUAAGCAGAGUAAUAUUGAGAAUCAAAUGAUGAGUUCUUAACCUAUAAGUGAAUUCAACUAAUAAAGACAUCAACAAUAGGAUUAUGUAGUUCAUUAGAGUAUCCUUAAUGAUUUUGACAAUGAUGAAGAUUUUAAUCUAUAAGCUCGAGAAUUUGAACAAUUGCUAAUAUCAUAGUUGAAGAUGAGAGGAUCUAGCAUCUCAUAAUAAGUAUAACAGAAUAACUAAGGAGCUUAGCUUGAGUAAAAAUUCUCAAAAGCCCUUAGAAAAUAUAUUAAAAAGGAAAUUCAUUUGGCUUUGCUCUCUACCUAAAGAGUUUAGAAGAGUACUAAUAAUCUCUCUGAUUUGACUCUAGAUUCCUUGCUUGGGAAACAGGCAACUAAAGAUAAAUUCUCAUGCUCCUCUUCACUUAAUUACAAUUAGGAUAAUAGCAUUGAAGAAGAGAUACUAAAGGAAAUCUCAACUAAUCUCGCUACUAAAAUGGAUGGGCUCAAGGUCCUAUUUGGAGAGAUGGAAAAUAAAUUGAAUUCUUUACAGGGAAACAGCCCUAAGAAGAAUCAAAAUUAAAAUUAGAUGAGCUAUGCGAUUGAAUAGCAGAUGAAUCGAAGGAGCAAUAAUUAUCUGGAUUAGUAGCUUCUAGAUCAUCAUAAUCACCCGAUCGAUUAGCAGCCAUUUUUCAGUAAUAGUACUGAGCAGGAUGGGUAUAACUCUUUGAUCUAGUUUGAUAAAUUAAAAGAUGCCUAACGGGAUGGAAAGUUAAUUGAAGAGUAUUUGUCGCAGCAGAGUGCCAAUCAUGUAGUAAAUGCUAGUGAUCUUGAUUAAUGGGUAAAGAAAGCUGAUGAAUACAGAGAACUAUACAUUAAAACUGAGAUGUAGUUGCAAAUGUAAAGAAUGAAGUAUGAGGAGCAUUUGAAGUAGAUUGUCAAUGAUUAUAAUGAACAGUGCUAGCAAAUUAAAGGUUCAAUUAACUCAGCUGUUUGCCAAGAUUGUAAUAUACUUUCAUAGCUAGUGGGGACUUUGUAGACUAAUAAUGCAGACUUAUUACAGAAGUUCCCAUUAAACUAGGGUAUUUUACUUAUGAGCAAUAAAGAUAGUAGGAAAUAAAACUGGCUGAUUGUCAUUUAAGAAUUACUUAAGAUACCAGAUCUUUAGUAAUAGUUACAUGAGCAUAUGUUGUAGGUUUAAGAAUUAUAGCUAAAUUUGGAAUAGACAUAGAUUUAAAUGCAUGGAUUAACACUCGGAAUGGGUCUUAAUCAUGGAAUGGGAGGAGGACUAGGAAUGUCAUCCUAAAAUCUUAGUGGCUAAGGAGGAUUAGGAACAAGAAGUCUGAUAUAGUAGGUAAGAGUUUCAGGUGACCAGGAUAAUGUAAUCUUCAAGGGUGGCAGCAUCUCACAAAGAUCUCUGCUAAGAGGUAGCUAAAUUUGUAGUUUCAGUGAUCACUCUUAAUCCUAGAGAAAUCUUGACUAAGACAGUAGCAAUUACUAGUAGGUCUAUGAAACCAAGAUAAAACAGUUGGAAAACGAACUGAAAUUCCUGAGAGAUGAAAAGGAAACUCAGGAUUUAGAAAUCAGGCAUCUCAAAUUAGUUAAUAACAGUAACUCAUAGUCUUAGAGAUCUCUACUAAGCCAUUAAAAUAUGAACAAAAGUGGGAAGGUUUGA